UCAGCCGACAUCCAGGUUCACUUGAAACUGCAGUCACAACAGAAUGCGCAACAGUUGCGUCUGAACUAAAGAGAUAUAUAUCGUGGCCGAACCCAUUGUCGUUCAUCCGAUAACAAUUCGAAAGUUCUUACACCCUCGUCUCGAGUGCCGACCAUGUGAACUGGAGCAAAAGCCGCGGUGGACGGUGGAACGUGUCGAGCGAACGAAACGACUCGACAUGAGCGCGAAAACCCUGGCCUUCGGAUGCAACACGGUGCAAUCAUGCAGGAUGCAGGAACGUACGAGGAACGAGCUGUGAACGCGAUUCGGUUACAAGCUUCUGUCAAGAUGUCCGAGAAGCGGAUUUCGAUGGGCAUUAACGUCAGCAUUCUCGUUAUACUAACCAUCUUCGGGGUGUUGCUUUCCUUGCCAUUGCGAUUGCUCUUGAACACGAAUUACUACAGUCGAAACGAAACGAUCGACGAAAAUAUUACGAUACAAACGACGGAGAACGUAACGGUCGAAGCGAUAAUAAUCCCGGUGGAUCAUCGAAAGUUGAAACGCUGUCCAAGGUUCGAGUACGAAGAUAGAUUGAUAUCGGUCUUUCAAAGUGAUUACGAUGGGAAUUGUACUUACACGCGAAUCUGUCCGAUUAACGACACGAAGGAGGAAAAUACGGGAGAUGUCGAGAGCGAACCUGUUGACAAAGGGAAUAAUGAAACGUCCAAGAUAUUGAAGGAGAUCGUCGGUGAGAAUUCGACGGAAAAAGUUGAAGAAAGUGGGAAAGAUUGUCGAACGAAAUCGGUCGUGGUCGCCGGACACAUUCUCGUGACGAUGCUUCUCAUUUCAGCAAUCGCUGCUCUCAUUGAAGUAGUGCGAAUACGUUUCGCUAGAGAUAAGGACUCGUCUAAGGCAGAUAGUAUCAGAUCAAGAAAAACGUCCAUGGUCGAGUUACCCGUUCAGAGGAGAUUCCUACCGAGGUACCCAAUGAAGAGUGCGAGAUCUUUCGAAAUGCAUCGAUCUGCUUUACGCCUAUUAGGUGCGAGACCGCCGCCUCUUAUCCGUCGCUCGUCAUUCCCAACGCAACCGUCUAAACAAAGCUCUGGAUCGGUCAGUGGAACACCGAAUAAUCGGAAAUCGAGACGCCAAUCGGCCGAAUCCGACGAAGAGAUCGGAAUCCUCAUGAGCGCUCUUCAUCAUCGCACACGCCUGAUUCGACGGCAUUAAAGUGAGGUCGAUCAAUUGAAUUCUUUGAAAAUUCAUUCGCGUUAACACUAACAGGGUACACGUCUUAGACUGAAUGGUCUCACAUAUCGCACAACGAUUAUAUUCACGAAAUUUUUAAAAAUUCUUACUACUUCGUGAAACGAUCCAAAAGGACUUUCAGCGAAAUCGUUCUUUCUUCCUGUUCAUAUUUUACAAUUCUGUCUACUUAACAGAAAUUUUACAGUAGCAAACAAUCUUCUAAAUCUCCCCUCCCCGCCUCCCACCCCCGCUGUUAAAAUCAACAUUAAAUCUGCUUACUACCGUUCCACCAACCAUAAUUUUAAUCGUUUUUGUUCUCUGUAAGGUAACUUUUACAUAUUGCUUCUAUUUUAAUAUCUUUUUCUUUCCAAAAUGAAUAUUAAAAAAUCGUAUAAAUGAAUAUUACAUACUAUAAAUAUAUUUAAAAACGUGUAAUAGAAUAAAACGCUAUGUCGUAGUAUUGAAAAUGGCCCAUGCUCAUUUUCUUUGUUUCUUUCUUUAUCGAUGAUCUACAUCUACAUAUUUUCUAUGAAAAUUAAUUAAUACAAUGAUAUCGUUUCUGUCUUUUCAAGUAAUAGACCCGUAGAAAGCGUCUUUGAGAAUAGGUAAUAGGAAAAUUGAAAUCAAAGUGCAAAAUGAAUAAAACCAGCUGGUACAUCUAAUCUAUUCAUACUCUGUUGUAUACGAUAUUGUUAUACAAGGCGACAACCGUGUGAAACUAAUCAAAAUAUAAUAUGAAUAUAUUUUGGAAAAAGUUAGAGAUACUCUUCGAUACAUAUUUUCAUAUUAAUAACCGUACCUCCCUUUAAACAGCGAAUACUUCGACACUUCUGUGAUUUUCAUCGUUUCUCACGUGAUAUGUAAAACGUUAAUCAAAAAUUGUGAAAUAUAUAUAUAUAUAUAUGUAUGUA